AGCUUUUAUAUACCGAAAUAUUUAAUUAUCAUUUAAAAUAAUGAGUUAAAAGAAAAUUCAGUUUAAAUUAUCAAGUGCAAUUAUUAGUGCAUUUACUUAAUCAAUGUAAAUAACCAAUACAUAAUUAACCAUUAAUAUUAAAAAAUAACAUAAGGCAUGAUCUUUAGUAAAAAGAAAAUUAAAGGAAAUUAUCUGCAUUAACUGAUAAUUUUGUAAAAACUGAACAUCGUUAAAAUUUGAAAAAGAAUAAAUAAAUAUCAUCUGAAAAUCCAAUUGAAAAAAAAAAAUAUAGAAUAGGAGAAUAAUAUAAAUUUAUGGAUUCCCAUAGAAUAGGAUUAAAGGAGUUAUAAGAAAGAUAUUUAACUAAUAUAUAAACAGGUUUAACAUAACAAGUUGUAGAUUUAAAAUUAAAAAAAAUGAAGAAUGUAUUAUAAAAAAUAACUAAAAAAACAAUUUUUAUAAAAUUUGUUAAAUAAUUAAAAAAAAUUUAUCAUCUUUUAAUUCUAUUUGCAUCUUUUUUAAGUUUUUUUUUAUAUUAUUAAAAUAUGUAAUAUUAGAUGGUAUUUUUUCUUUUUUUUAUACUAGCCUUUAUAUUUAAAGAAAAGAUAUUGAUAUAUUAGAAAAUAUAGACUAAAUUAUACCUUAAAAAUCGAUAGUUAUUAGAAACUCAGAAGAAGUAUGUAUUAAUUCAUCAGAAGUAAAAAAAAAAUAAAAAAACUAAAAAUAUAAAAAAAAUAUAGCUUGUAUAAGGGGAUAUUAUUAAAUUAAAUUAAGAUAUGGUUUCUCCUGCUGAUAUAAGAAUUUUAGCUUCAAGCGAUCUCUUUAUUAAUAAAACUAUAUAUACAGGAAACAAAUAAGAAAUUUACUGUCAUCCUGAAUGCAUGAAUAAGGAAAAUCCUUUAAGUACUACUAAUAUUAUAUUUUUAGGCUGUAAAAUUACAAAUGGAAAGGCAUUAGGGAUGGUAAUAUAAACAGGGACCGAAACUCUAAUAUAAGAUUUGGCAUAUAAAUGUAGCUAAGAAGAUUAUUUCCCUGACAGUUAAUCUAAAAAAUACUUUGAUAUAUUUCUAAAUUAAAUAAGUUUUGCUAGCCUUGGAUUCGGGUUAUUAUUAAUAACCAUAAAUAUAAUCUUAUAAAGAGAUAUAGGAAUAGAGAAUUAUCUUUUAUUUUCAAUAGGAAUUUUAAUUUCAACUCUUCCUUUAGGAAUUAUAAUAUUAAAAACAUUAUAUAUUGUAAUAAUUGAAAGAAAACUUUUGUAAUCAAAGCUUUAAUUAAAUUAUAGAGAAUCAUUGACUGCUCUGGGCUAAUCCACUUGUAUUUGUAUAGAUAUGACAGGAGUUAUUACUAUAAACAAAUUUAUUGUAAGCGAUUUAUGGUAUGAUGAUAAACCCCAUAUAGGCAAGAAUUCUUAAUUAUCUGAUAAAGAUGAAAAGUUAUAAUAUAAUAUAAAAAAAGAUUAAUCAUUGUAAUUUAUGAUGGAAUGUGCAGUUUUAUGCAAUGAUGCAUAUUUUUCAGAUAAUUUGCCUGCCUCAGUAAUAAAAGAAGUUUAAUAAAAUAAUUAGCUAAAUUUAUAAUAAAAAAAAGAAAAACUUUAUAAUUUGUAAAAAGAUUAUUCUCAAGAAUUAAAAAAUAAAAAAUGGAUUGAUUGGCCUUGUGUUGGAUAAGAAAACGAAAUUGCUCUUCUUAAAUUUUUUUAACCUUUAAAAGAUAUUAGAUAUAUAAGAAAAUAAUAGCCUAUUAUUCAUGAUUCUUCAGGAUAAAAAGCUAAAAUUUAAUUUAGUUAAUAAAAUUAUUAUUCUUUUGUUAUAUGCUCAAACAUUUAGGAAAGAUCUUACUUUACUUUAUAUACCAAAGUAUAUUUAUAAAUAAAUGUUUUUGUAUUAAUAUUUAUAUAAAUGAAGGGAUCUCCUUAAGUUGUUUGGAAUAUGUGUGAUAAAAUAUAUGAUAGAGGAAAAAUUACUAAAAAAUCUAAUAAAUGGGAAAUAAAAUUUGAAAAAAUUAUGAACUUUUAUGGUAAAAAUAGUUAUAGAGUUUUAGCUUUUUCAAAAUUAGAUUUAAGUAAAAAAGUAAGUUAAAAAAAAAAUUAAAUAUAUAGAAUAAAAAAAUAGAUUUUCAAGUAAAAUACAGAUAUAGAUAUAAAAGAAUUAAACUUUCCCUUAAACAAUUAAAUAUUUAUAGGUUUAGUUGCAUUCGAAAAUCCAAUUAAGUAAAGAAAAAUUAAAAAAAUAUUAAAUGAAAUAAAAUAAAAAGUUAUUAAAACAUUAAUAUAGUAAAAUCCUGACGCACUUACAGCCACUUAAAUAGCAAAAAAAAGCCAUAUUAUAACAAUGAAAACUUAACUAGAUAUUUAAAAAGAUCUAAAUAUACCUCCAGAAAACGCAAUAAUAGACGCCUAAUCAUUAGUAAUAGAUGGUGAUUAACUUGCAAAACAAAUAAUCCAAGAAGAAGGUCUUCCAGACAAACAAAAAGGUAAAAUACUAGAAAAUUGGUUAAAAAAAAAAGAAAUAAUAUUUACUCGAAUCUAGCCUUCACAUAAAGUAUAUAUAAUAAAAGCUUUAAAAAAGCUAAACCAUAUUAUAGCAUCUACAGGAAAAGAAUGUAAAGAUUCCCCAUAUAUAAGAUUUUCUGAUGUAGGAAUUUCAUAUGGGAUUUAAGGAGAUGAAAUUGCAAAAGAUUCUUGUGACUUAAUUUUAAUGGAAGAUUCAUUACAUGCUUUAAGUAAAGGAGUUUGUGAAGGAAAAUUAAUUUAUGAAAAUUUAAAAAAGUCCAUUUCGUUUAUCCUUGCUGCAUCUGUACCUUAAAUUAUGGCUUUUGUUUAUUGUUUUUUGGCUGCAAUACCUUUUGCACUUACUCCUUUAUAAGUUUUGGUGAUUGAUUUGGGAAUUGUACAUAUUCCGGCUUUAUUUUACGUAUAUUUACAAAACGAGAAAAUUGGAUUUCAAAAUAAUCUUAAAUAAGUUAACAAAAGAAUGAUUGUUAUUGCAUAUUUUUUGGUUGGAUUUUGUUCUUGUUUGGCUGGAUUUUUAUCUUUUUUUAUGGUUUUAAAAGAUUUUGGCUUAUCUCAUGAAAAUCUAUUAGGAAUUUUAGAAAAGAGAAUUUAUGAACCUUUAGAUGGUGAUGAAUUUGAUACUAAUAGCUUUUGGUUAGGAAAUUCGUUAUUAAAAUAAAAUUUUCCUUGUUAAAAAGGAAAAGAUUAUCCAAAUCAAUUAGGAAGACAUUUAGAUUGGAUUUUUCAUAAAGAUUUUUCUUUUGAUUUCAGGUUAGCUUUAGCUUAUUGCGAUGUAUUAAAAAAAAAAAAAAAAAAAAAAUAUAAAUUUGUAGAAUGA